AUGACUCAUCCGGGAGAAAAUGACCCAUUUGCCUUUAUGCAAGCCGGAGGACCACCACCGUGUCCCACUAAUGCCUCGGUAUUGCAACAACAACAACAACAACAACAACAACAACAACAACAACAACAACAAUAUCAUCAACAGCAACCACAACAACUACAACCACCACCACCACCACCAUCAUCAUCAUCACAACAACAAAAACAUUCCCCAGAGGGGAGGGCCAAGGUGUUGGCGCACAAUCCCUUUUCCACUAUGGGAAUGGGCGGCAACAGCAAUAGCGGUGUGAUGGGAGGAGUGAAAUCGGCAUCUGUACUACCGCCGCGCCAGCCACUCUACAAGCCUCCAUUGAUGCCCGGUACGCAAGUAGGCGAUGUCAGGCCAGCUUCCAAUGCUCCUUACACUGCACCACACCAUCAGGGACUACCAGAAGAAGAACGGCAGACGUUUGGGGAUCAACAGCAGAGACCACAACAACAACAACAACAACAACAACAACCUCAAGAAAAGUAUCAUUUACGGGACGAGCAGCAGUUGCCACCCCCACCCCCACCACCACCACCAUCAUCAUCAACGACAACAACAACGGCAAAAAUGCAACAGAGCCACGAACAGCAAACGCCAUUGCCACACAAACAGGAGGAACUUCAUCAGCAUCCAAGUUUAUCUGCAUCCAGGGAAACUCCGACUCUUCUUCAUACUGGGGGAGGGCAAACUGAGACAUCAACUGGAUUGACGGGUCUCCGGAAAUUAGACACAGUAAAUUCUGCAGAUACCCCGUCGGCUUACUCUCGUUCCCCUACCGUAGCACUACGAGCACCCUCGCUGGGCAAUCUUCACUCUGCACUCUCAAGUGCAGAGAAGCACCGUGGGACCACUACCCCAAGAAAAACUUCUUACUUCGCUCAUUUGCUAAAAAAGGAACCACCAGAAUUUUUGAGGCCUUCAACGAGCGCAACGAGGCGUGAACGAACUCCAAGAGAUUCACGCCCUCAGACUCCACUUCACUCAUUACUUUCACUCCCUCGAGCUAACGGUGGUACUCAAUUUGGUGCGUGUUCUCGUUCAAGUAGUACAAGGACGCAUGAUGAAGAAAGACAACGCCCACAACAAGAACAAGAACAAAAACAACAACAGCGACAUCAUCAACACCAAGAACAACAAGGACAAGAACAUCAACAAGAGGGGCAAGAACCGCAAAAUACACUUCAGCAUGAUCAAAGGCCACCUCCAGCACCUAGUUUAAUGAUGAGAAAUGAGAUAAAGGGCGGUGGAUCUCUUCUCUCCUUGGUCUCAGAUCCAGUAGAAGAGAAGUUUAGGAACAAAACUCCUGUGAGUGUUCCCCCAACCAUGUCUUCAGAAUUUCCCCAUCUUGUUGAAACACAAGCAUUAUUAGUCCCUUCACAUUCGGUAAAUGUAGAAAAGGCAUCUGAGACAGCGUUUCCUUCAGGUUCAUUUCCGGUAAAUAAAACUGAUGGUUCCCUUCUUAGCAGUUUUGCAGAUGAGAGACUCACGUCUCUGGACACUGGAGUGCUUAAGAAUGAGAGUGCCAGCGAUAUACAGUCGCAUAAGCUAGGUGAAAAGCUUCUUCCAGAUGCAGAGGAUGGGGCUGAAGCAGAGGACGCACCCUUCGCCUUUGCGACGCCAUUUAAUGCGGAAAAUGCGUUAAAUGCUGUAAAUGAAGGAACAUCUAGUAUUCUUGACACAGGCAAUGAUAGUUCAGGUCCACCACCAAGACGAAAUACUGUUCCACCAGAAGAAAUGCAAGAAUUUGGAUUUCUCUCUAACAGUAAAAACACAUCAGAUGUUGAAUCAACACUUCCACCACCUGUACCUGGGGCUUUUGUUAAUCCUACUACAAGUGGUGGAUCAAAAGCUCCCCUCAAAAAUCUUAGGGAAAGAACAGACCCUUUAAUGGACAUGGGUUCGCAGAUGACACAUCCAGGGUUACACACACCGCGAAAUGGUGAUACAAAUCUUCGAAGAUUAUACACAACACGACCUCUUGAAGGAGGAAACGAGAUAACAGAAGAUUCUCCGGCACCAUUCCCACCGUCACGCCAAGAGUCACAAGAAGUAACCUUGACAUUGCAUGCACAGACUCCUAUGACGAAUGGUACAUCCUGCGUAGAUAAUCCUUAUCGGGAAGAUAAUACAGAAAAAAGGGUACAAGAGGAAGAUAUUGACGAAAUGAAACCGGUAUUUAUUGAGGCUGAUCCUGCUCAUAGGUUACCUGCUGCAGAUUCCUUUCCUGAUGAAUUAGAAGAGAAAAGAGAAACAAUUGCUGAUGCCCACGAAUCAAAAUUUGUUGGAGCUUCCACACAAGGUGUCGCUAGUGUAACAGAUACAAAUUUGGCACCAACAAAGCCAUCACUACCACCAUUACCCUCAGUCCCAGUCCAAAUGAUGUCAAAGCAACCAGUUGUUUUACAGAAGGAUAGUGGUAUUUCUCCUUUUAUUGAUGAUCAUUCGGUAUCGGUAACAAAACCAACAACGGCAAUGAAGCCAACAACCAAACAGCAACGUCCUACUAGAAGACCGUGCUUUGCUCUUUGCACCUCUACUGGAUAUGUAAUCACAAUUGUUAAUCCAUCUCAACCUGGUACCUCAGUACUUCUGAGGUCAACUCAUAUUGCUGAAAUGCUCUCUGGACAUGUUAAGAAUACGAGUUGUUCUAGAGCUGGUGAGGAUUAUGUGAAAACGCUGCAAACGUUGGCGAGUUCUCCUCUUACAUCUGAUCUUAACUGUAAUCUUCCUUUGAAGGACCUGCAAGCGGUGCUACAACAACUUCCAGAUGUAUCUCCUUUAUUGCGUGAAGUAUUGACUUUUAUGUUGCAUGACCCCAUACCUGAGUGGCGUAAUGGUGGACAAAAAACUCUUAUUGAAAUACUUUCUACAGUAGCUAAACAGGUACCAAUAACAAAUGAAAAAUCCCCAAAUUAUCCACUGAAUUUGCAUCCAGUUCAGGUUUCCCCUAAAGGACUACAAGAAAUUCAACAACUUUUGUGUUCAGGAGAUCGUGAAGGUGCAGUGGAGGUUGCCUUAAAACAUUGCCUCUAUUCCCAUGCCAUCAUCAUCGCCAUGAUGUGCCCAAAGAAGGAACACUAUAUGAGUGUUAUUCGUGCCGUAGUGGGGCAAGAACUAGACCCGUAUUCUCCAUUGGCACAUGCUUACUGUAUGUUUAAUGAGAUGCCACUUCCACCGUUUUUGCCACCAAAGCAGUCUGUAGAGCAGAUAACCCCUUUUUCGGAAGCUCAGGAAAACAAUAACAACAACAACAAAAGCAAUAAUAAUAAUAAUAGCAGCUACCUAAUUAAGGAUUCAUGGGUGCAGCAUGCAGCGAUCAUGGUAUCAAAUUUUACCAAAGAAAGUGCGGAAGGACUGAUAAAACUUGGUGACACAUUGAUAGAUGAGGGUAUGAUUGAGGAAGCUCACUGUUGUUUCUUAUUGGCUCAUUUGACUCCUAUGGGAACACCUCCCCCUGGUCGGGCAAUUCAACCACAACAACAAUGUGUUAUGGAUCUCCUUCGGACACGAUUAGGCAUACUGGGUGGUCGCUAUAAUCCACGGCGUUCUCGUGUGGUAUUCAUAUCACCCAAAUCGACACUACUGACCAAUAUUCUUGAUCAUAUUCGUCGUCACCUAGAUAAACAGGUUUCUCUCGCCAACGAUAGUGGAAACAGUCCGCAACCUCGCCAUGGACUGCCUCUCUGUCCAGAACGAUAUAUGGUGGCGUUCCGUUACAUGCAGGUACUCUGGCUACAGGAGGUUGGAAUGUAUGAGAAGUCAAAGGAUCUCAUGGCCUCCCUUCGACACGCUGUGCCUUCACCUUCACCUGAAGUACCCCAAUUUACUCUAAAUCGUCUUAUUCUUCAUACGGCAACCUCGCUUAAUUCUUUGGGGGAGAAGAAAAACAUUUCGUCAACAGAGGAGCUUGGAAGAAAACCUUUGGCAAAUAUGCAGAUGGUACCACCACCACCACAGUCAUCUCACCCGGGAAGUGGAAUGCCAGCAGCAGGACCACCACCACCA